AUGGAACAGCAGCUGUUGGGUUACGAGGAUGACAUGUAUAGACUGGAUCACGCUAAGCACAUUGCUGACAAGCUUGAUAGAGUGGGGCCUUGGAUUUUGCGCACCAGGCAGAAUUUGAUGGCACGGCUGCUAGAGCAGAUUAGGCCAUAUCUCAGACGAGCUGAGUUUGAGUAUGUGGCCUAUAUGGUUGAGUUCGAACACGAUUGGUCGCUUGCCUCGACUUUGAUAGAGAGGUGGCGGCCUGAGUCCCACACGUUUCAUCUACCGUGCGGGGAGAUGACCAUCACGCUGCAGAACGUAGCCUAUCAGCUGGGGCUCAGAAUAGACGGUGAUCCUGUGAGUGGAUGCAUUGGUGGGUGGGAGCAGCACCACCAGAGACGCACCAUUGAGGAGUUUUGUGAGAAGCUCACGUGGUUCCAGAACACGGUUUGUGGAGAGUUGGAGCAGGACGCCACAGAGGAGUGCCUGAUGAGGUACAUGAGAGGAUACAUCAUGCAGCUGAUAAGGGGUGGCUCCCACUGCUGGAGGACCUUGAGAUGUGUGGUCGGUUAUCGUGAGGUCAACGGUGCUCGCUUGGCUGUAUCGCCAGAUGUGCCGGGCUACGGAGCAUGGCCAGCGCAAUUUGGGCAGUACUGCCCAGACAAUGACAGGGACGAUGGCAGGCUUAGGCAUUACAGGCGUACCCUGAACGGGAUUGGGAUGCUGAAUGUUGAGUGGACACCAUAUGCUGACCCACAGCUAAUUGCCCUAGUUCCAUCGACAAUAGCCGAGGCGGAGGUGUCAUCGGCGGUUGUAUGUCCGCUGCUUUGCUUUGCUAUCAUCGAGUGGCAUCAGGUGGACCAAGUCGUACGUCAGUUCGGUGGUUUGCAGCACAUUCCGACCAGGCCACUGAACAUUGACGACAUUCCAACCGUGGCAUUUCCUCAAGCCAGUUAG